CAUUCUGAAACGCUGGGAUCCUCCAAAUUCGAUCCAACUACAUGUUGACCGUCAGAUCACAUCAACGAACUUCUCUCUCUUAAGGACACGUGCCAUCCCCUCUCCUCCGACUUAUUAGUACUUUGCUUCCAUGCAUGAAAUUCUCCUCGGACUACAACUCAUAUAUAGAGAGAGAAACAAACAGAUGAAACAGUCAUGGAGUCUGUUUCCAAUUCUCCAUCUCUUGAUUCGCUACUCCUUACCUCUCAUUGAUCUUAGCUUCUAAACUUAUCAUUUUUUUAUUUUCUGGGUGUUCAUUAACUUUUACCAAUUCUGAACAUUGCAAUAGCAGAGUGUUUUCUGUCUUGUGUAUUUCCGUGUUUCGGUACCAGAUUUGUUGAAGAUAUGCGAUGCUUUCUUUCUUUUUAGGUAUUUCCAAAAUUUCGAUCUCAAAAUCAAGAUGGAUGAUGAUCAUGAUGAACUGAGAUUUGUAUGUAAGAUGUGCGAUAAACGAUACCCAAGUGGGAAAUCAUUAGGUGGGCAUAUGAGGUCUCAUGUAAUGGCUGCUGCUGCUGCUGCUGCUGUUGCUGCUAAUUCAGCUGAAUCCGACGACAAAUUCGAGCCCAUGAAAAAGCUUUCUACUUUGAUCAUCAAUGGAAACGGAAUCGGAAUCGGAAACGGGAAUGGGAAUGGGAAUGAAAAUGGGAAUUCUAGUAUUUACGGGUUACGGGAGAACCCUAAAAAGAGUUGGAGAGCAGUCGGUUCUUCGUCGUCGACUUUACCUUUCCCAAAUGAGAAAGUUUGCAAGCAAUGUGGAAAAGGGUUCCCAUCUUUAAAAGCUUUAUGUGGUCAUAUGGCUUUCCAUUCUGGUAAAGAUAGGAAUUCCAAGGAUUACGAUUAUUCAUGGACAAGUGAGAAUCUCGAUCAUGAUGAUAAGUCCAUCAGCGAUAGUCAUUCCGAUACUGAAGAAAACGAACUUCAAGAUCCGAUUUGUGUUACGAGAUCCAAAUCAAAAAGGUACAAGAACAUCGUAGUUAAACCGUCUUCUUUUUUAACCAACAGUAAUAAUAGUAAUUACAAUUACGGAUCUUCAUCGGUUUCUGAGAUUGAUGAACUUGAACUAGAAGAAGUAGCAAUUUGUUUAAUGAUGCUGUCUAAGGAUUCCACCAACUGGGCCGGUGUUAAUUCUGUCUUGGAAUCCUCGGAUAACAAUUCCGUAGUUUUAGAGACUAAGUGGAAUUCCGAGAGUCGUUGGAAUGGAAUCAAGAAAGUGGAAUCGGAUAUUACGGUUGAGGAACUUCUUAGGAAUGGUGAUCAACAUAAGAAGAGAUGGAAAGGGGUGAAUGGUUUCAACUACAGAGAAUUUUCUUAUGAAGAAAAACUCGAAAUUAGAAGGAAUUUGUUUAAAGAAUUCGGGUAUAAUGAUAACUUUAAGAAAAGAAUCAAAGAGGAUGAUGAUUCUUAUACUCCAGAAGGGUCAUAUAAGAAGAGAAGCAAGUAUGAAUGUAUGAAUUGCAACAAGAUUUUCAGUUCUUUUCAAGGGCUUGGAGGACAUAGACCAUGUCACAAAAAGAACAAUUCGGAAAGCAAAUUUCAUAAUCAUAAGGCUAAAUUUGACAAGAAAAUGAGGCCAAAAAAGAACAAAGGGCAUGAAUGUCCAAUUUGUUUUAGGAUGUUUAAAUCAGGGCAAGCUUUAGGGGGUCACAAAAGGUCUCAUUUCAUUAAUGGUUCUGUAGAAAGGUUUGAUCAUGUUGCAGUGAUAGAGGAUGAGGGUCCCACAUAUACUGAUAUGAUUGAUCUUAAUCUCCCUGCUCCAGAAGAAGAUUAGGGUUGGAAACUGCAUGAUUUGGUCUUCGUUUUUGGUUGUUUAUCAGAGGACUUUAGAGAGGUGUGACUUCUAUCUUUGUUCUUAAUGUUUAGAACUUUUGAGUUCAUUUCAUCCAAUUCUUGAAUUUGUGCCUAAAUUUUCAAGAACAUUAAGUUAAAUUCUCAGUUUUGUGAUACUUCUUUACUACAAAUCUUGAAUUGAUGCCUAGUUUUCAAGAAAAGUUGAAAGUUACAAGUUCCCAUGUUUUAGUUGAAAGUUACAAGUUCAUCCGAUUCUGGAAUUUAUGCUUUAUUUUCAAGAAAAUU